GACAAUAUCCUCGAAAAGAAUUAAAUCACAUAAAAGUCGCCACGAAAUUCUCAUUUUACAAUUCUCUAUUACGCUGUCUCUUAUUCGUGUCCGCAGAAGAAACGAGAGAAGAGAGAGAAGCAAAAGACCUUACCAAGAAUAUUUAUAACACACAAACAUCUAGAGACAGAGAUAGACAUAGAGAGAGAGCUUGUGGUUGUGGUUGUGCGAGAUAAUAUCUAGAGAUGGGGAAGAAGAAGUGCGAGUUAUGUUGUGGUGUAGCGAGAAUGUAUUGUGAGUCAGAUCAAGCGAGUUUAUGUUGGGAUUGUGACGGUAAAGUUCACGGAGCUAAUUUUCUGGUGGCGAAACACAUGCGUUGUCUUCUAUGUAGCGCGUGUCAGUCACACACGCCUUGGAAAGCUUCUGGGCUGAAUCUUGGCCCAACUGUUUCUAUCUGUGAGUCUUGUUUAGCUCGUAAGAAGAAUAACAACAGCUCCCUCGCCGGGAGGGAUCAGAAUCUUAACCAAGAAGAAGAGAUCAUUGGUUGUAACGACGGAGCUGAGUCUUAUGAUGAGGAAAGCGAUGAGGAUGAAGAAGAAGAAGAAGUGGAGAAUCAGGUUGUUCCGGCUGCGGUGGAGCAAGAACUUCCGGUGGUGAGUUCGUCGUCUUCGGUUAGUAGUGGUGAAGGAGAUCAGGUGGUGAAAAGGACGAGACUUGAUUUGGAUCUUAACCUCUCCGAUGAGGAGAACCAAUCUAGACCAUUGAAAAGAUUAUCGAGAGACGAAGGUUUGUCAAGAUCAACUGUUGUGAUGAAUAGCUCAAUCGUGAAAUUACACGGAGGGAGGAGAAAAGCAGAGGGAUGUGAUACAUCAUCGUCGUCUUCGUUUUAUUGAAAUCGCCAAGGAAAGUAGAGAUUGUAGCCGUUGAUGAUUCUUUUGUUUGGUUGAUUAGAUUAAUCCUCAUCGUUCAUUUACUAACAACAAUACUUUUAGUGAGUUGAGUUAGUUUAAAAACAUUUCAAUAUAAUGAUUUUUUUUUGUGUUUUUUUUUCUGUGUUACCUAGAAUAUAUAUGUUCAUAUGUCUAGUAUAAAAUCAUAUAACAUAAAAAAUAAAAUGAAGCAAAGUUGUUCAGAAAAUGAUUAAGAAAAUGAAGCUGUUUUCUAUUUAUUUAU